UCAAGCAGCACGAUGAUCAUAAGAGCACUGCGACUGCGGCAUGGCCGCAUCGCUCUCCCUCGCCGCCUUCACCACCCCGUCACCUCCCACCUCCUCCACAUCCACACCUCCUCUACACGCUUUUCUUCGGCGCUCGAAUCGACGGUGACGCCCAAUGCCGAAGCAUCUGAACGAGUGGGUAUACCCCAAUUCGCCGCUACCGCCAAAGAGACGAUCGGCCCCAACACCGUUGUCGACCGCACUGUGCCGCUGAACGACCCCAAUCACCCCGUCGCCCUCGACUAUGCCUUCUUCCAGCACAACAAAAAGCACACGUCCGGGAUCGGCUCGACGCUCGCUGUGCACUACAAGCCACAUGAACUCCUCACCAAACCGCCUUCUCCUCGCGACAUCACCCUCGAGGCUCUGAUCGCCGCGCAAACCCACAUUGGCCAUGCGACCAGUCUCUGGAACCCGAGCAACGCGCGCUACAUUUUUGGCAUCCGAGGCGAACAUGACCCCAUUCACAUCAUCUCUCCCGAUGCGACUGCCUCUCAUCUCCGUCGAGCUUGCAGAGUGGUGUCCGGCGUGGCGGACGGAGGAGGUCUCAUUCUCUUUGUCGGCACUAGACAGGGUCAGGCCCGUGCUGUAGUCAAAGCCGCCGAGUUGUCCAAAGGUUGUCACUUAUUCUCGAAAUGGAUUCCAGGCUCCAUCACCAACGGUCAGCAAAUCCUUGGGCGUUGCGAGAAGCGAGUCAAGAAUGAGGUGGAUGAAGAUGUCACGGAACUAUAUGGCUUUGAAGAUCAACUAUUUGCCAAAGCUGCCAUCAAACCAGACUUGGUCGUAUGCAUGAACCCGCUGGAGAACUAUGUGCUGUUGCAUGAGUGCGGCCUGAACAAUAUCCCCACUGUGGGAAUCAUCGAUACUGAUGCCAAUCCCACUUGGGUGACGUACCCUAUUCCAGCGAAUGAUGAUUCGUUGCGAGCUGUGCAGUUCAUUUGUGGUGUGUUAGGGAGAGCUGGGCAGGAGGGCCAAGAGAGGCGCCUGCGAAACGCCGCGUCGGGGUACGUGGUAUAUGCGCCCAUUCAUAGGUUGAAGGCACCGAGAGAGGAGAGAUCUGGUCGAGGACAUGGCAAUGGGAGUGUCGCCGGGAGUGCCGAACUUAUGCAAAUCAAGGCAAAAAGUGCGAGGGCUGGACAAUCUGGCGCCAUUGAACAGUCUCUCCCUGAAGAACCGUUAUUUCCAGACGACUUCGAAGGCGCAGAUGUGAGCAACCACGAGCAGGAUCGAGCUCUCCUAGCACAAGCAGAGAGGGUUCUCUUUGAUCAAGACAUGGAAUCCAAGGACAGCGAUGCAAUCCCUUCGGCGGAGCAAAUGAGUGGCAUGGACAUGCCUGACAACAACAACAACAACAACAACAACACCAACAGCGCAAGCGAACCCGACUCCGACUCGGGAGAAGACGUCGACCUCUAUGCCUCCUUCAACGACACGUCCGAACCCGACUUAUCAGCAAUGGAUCAAUCUCUCGUGGACGAGACUUAUGCUCAACAAUCCGAAACUGUAUCCGACGAAGACGCGGCGCAGUUUGGAGUUGCAUCAAAAGGCGCUGCUGGUGCAGAUAAUGAUUCCAUGGACUCGCAAAACUCCUCGCCUAUCGACCAAGUUGGUGAAGUGGAGAAAGAAUUGGGCGAAGAAGCUCCCGAACCAGAAAUUGGACCAAAGAAGUAAUCCAGCACUCGUGAAGGAUGUGGAUAACUACGGGUAACUUGAUCACGAGAAAGAACCUCAAGUGAAGGAUUCGUUUGUUUUCUUUGAGUGUGUUUGUAGGACCUAGGUAGUAGGUAGUAUCCAAUGAAUUAGACUAUACCUACCUAGGUGCCUGUACUCAAAAACAACACAGCAAAGAAAAAUAUAUGUGUACGUCUAGAUUGUAGGUACGACUUCUUAUCCUUCUCCUCCUGUCUAGUCUUCUUUGCUUCUUGGGUCAAUUCAGAAACAAUGAACAAAG